AUGUCGAAAUCUGUAGAAGAUGGGUUAGAAGACUUCAUCUGGGGGAACGUAGACCAAAGUUCAUACCUUCAAAAAGUUGUAAAAUGUGAAGAACGUGAGCUGGAUUCUGUUCUAAAGCGCGUUAGUCAAAUCGACGACACGUUGAACAGACAGUUAAGGAAAGAAGUAGAACAGAAUUUAUCACGUCUUCUGGAACAAACAACAGCUCUUGAAGCUCUGGAUGGAACGCAAAAGGGUGUGCACACUGAUAUGAAUGAUGUCCACGAACGAUGUGACAAAUUCGCGAAAAACUUACAAGGCUUAGCUGAGAAAUUCCGCGAAGAGAACAAAGUUUUUGAAAACGCCGUGAAAAUUAGAAACAUCAUUGAAGACGCGAUCAAAUGUGAAGAUUUAAUUGACGCCUUUGAGAAGAGGAGUGAGCUUGUGAAGAGAUCAGAAAUCGUUUGUGAGAUUCAGGGCAUAGUAAGCGAUAAUCCUGAGCUUCUCCAAAUUUCUUGGCUCCGAGACACCAUAACAUCAAAGCUAAAGGCUGCCGUCAACGAGGUAAGGAGAGCAGCUGCUGAUGACUUGCGUAGAGCUCUUAUCAGCUUGAAUGCUUCGUUGGUGGCUUCAGCCACAAAAGCCCUUUCCAAUUUAGGUGUUUUGAACGCUGAACUAGAAGUACAACUUUCUUCGGCAGCUGCAGAAGUUGAUGCUAAACUAGCUGAAUUAGCUGUAUCUCCUGAACCUAUGAAGCUCCUUCCUGUGUGUGUUAAUUUGAUUCAUUCCCAAUUGGAGCAAUCCACUCUGUUAGGUAACAGUCAUAUGUCAAAGUUUAGUGAGAAAAUAGCCCGAAGUAUACGUACUAGAGUACCUUUGGAUGCAGCCUAUGCUUUGAGAUUUGUACAACAAAUGGGUCGCGUUCUACAAUCACGUCCUGAGUGUUCACUAGGUCCACUAGACGAUGCUCUACGUCCGUUGAAAGCAUCGUUGCUAUCACAAUCUUUACAGCGCUUGCACAAAAUGAUUGAUCAACAUGAUUUCACCUCUUCUCAUGCAAAUGCUUUUGUCGAUGUGUUGAACACCACUUUCGAAGAAGAAUUAAGUAAAGUACAAUGGGAUAAUGACUUGAAAGAAGAUAUGCAAAAAACUAUUAGAAAGAGUAUAGGAAUGGUAGCAAAAAGGUUCGAAAUGGAAACAAAAUUGGACAAUGACUCUUUAUUAUUCGGUGAUCGUUUAAAUUCCAUACAGUUAACUAAUUAUCGUCUCUUGCAAUCCGCUCAUUCUCUGGCUGCUAGAUGGCCAGCUCAUUCAGCUCCCUUAAAUGCGUUCCAAAGUGAAGUUUUAGGAACUAUCAUGCAAGCAAUAAAGAAAAGCAUUACAACCAUAUUAGCAACAAUGCACACGGAAACCCUUGGAGCAAGGGAUGUGUCUCCGUAUAUGCAAGAAUUAUGUGCGUUUCUACAAUGUGUCAUUCUCCAUGCUGCUCACAUGGGGGGCAGUAUCCAUCAAGCAAAUGGAUUAUCGUCCCUAUGUGAUUUCGUAUUAGAGCAGUUUUUAUUGUAUUCUACUCUUAUCAGGCCUCUAAACCCCACUAUUCGUACCUUCUUGCACCGAGAUUUAUUGAGCCUUCUAACAGUCAUCAAUGAGAUGGGAUGUGGAUCUAAAUACCCUGAGCCGUCGCAAUUGACUCUUCUAUACACUGAAAAUAUAUCCGAGCUACCGGAAAAUCUUCCCAUCUGGGCAAUCAUCCACAUUCUGAUCUGUGAUUCUCCAGCAGUUUUAGUUAGUCCGCAUACCAGUGUGGAGUGGACGGUUGAUGAGUACGUAUCUUGGUGUAAUGAGCAUAACAUUGUGGAAAGAUUAGCUUUUCUCAAUAGUCUGUUGUCAUCAUACGCUAACUCUGUCGUUGCUCGAGGGGAAAAGGAAUACAUUCAACAUUAUCCGAUGUUAGUUCAUUAUUUGAAAAGAGGAAUGACCUAA